AAUUGCUCUUAUCUAAUAAAGAAUUCGCCUUGACAGUAAUUUGCUGACAUGGACUUAAUUUGUGUGUUUUUUUCUUUAAUAAAUUUUGUUCUAUAAAAAUUUAUGUACAAGUACCAAUGUUCAAGUUCAGCAGCCAACGAAAAGUUCAACCUAACGAGUUUAUUAAAAACAACACAAAAAUAUUAGUUACAACAACAAGAGAUAUCAUUUAACAUUUUUUUAAGUGUGAAUGUUUGUUUAGUAUUUAGUUAUAUAUUUUUUUUUUAAAUUUUACUUGUGUGAAAAUCAUUAAACUAAAAUAGUUAUAGUUAACGAUAAAAAUAUAUUGUUUCACCAUGUCCGAUACGAACGAACAGCAACAACAAUUGCAGGAAAGUUUCCUACAACAACAGGAAAAAAUAUCCGCCCUAAAAGAACUUGUACGCAAGUCAGGAGCAGCACAUGGUUCCAGUAAAUCAGCAGCUCAAGAAAAAGUUAAAAACAUCGCGGAAAGACUAUUGAAAUCCAAAGCUAAAAGUAAACAAGGCUUAAAUGUCUCCACCUACACUACUACAGAAACAGCCUCAACAGAAGUCUCUUUUGGGGCUCAAGAUCAUGCAAAUAUGUUGUCAAUUUCACAAGGACAAUUUCCCGUGCAAUCGCCCGCACCCAGCUUUGCCUCGACACCAAAUCCCACACCCAAUCCAACGCCGUCGAAACCACAAGCUUCACAGACAAAUAAAACCCCUUCGUCGUCCAUUCCGUAUUCCUUGCAAAGCAGUGAAAAGAUUGCCUUAAUGAGACAACAGCUGGAGCAAAACAAAUUGCGUAUGGCCCAAAAGGCCUCCAGUAAACAGCAUUUAGAGCAGUUGGUUUCACAGCUGAAAGAUAAAUUCGAAACCACACAACAGUGUCUGGAGGAUACUACCGAAUUGGGUAGAUCUAUGUCAGAUUUAAGUAAUUUGGUACACUACACACCCGUCAGCCGGGAGCGGCACAAAUCCGCUACAGACUUAAGUAGUCAAAACUUUAGCCUGGAAAAGGAGCGCAUCAAAUUCCUGGAAAAUCGUUGCCGUCUGUUGGAGAAACAACUGGACAAGGAAAAACAAAACAAUCAACGCAACAACUCGGCCAACGUGUCCAGCAACAAUGAACUCUUAGAAAGCAAAAUCUCCGAAUUGGAAUUGUCUGUGCAAGAGAAAGAAAAAGAGUUUGAAGCAAAAGAAAAGAGCCUAAAAGAGGAAUUAAAGAAACUGCAAAACAGCAGAGAAAUAACAGAUUUUGAGACUUCAGAGGAGAAUGCAAAAUUACUAAAAGAAAAUGAAGAAUUAAAAUUAGAAAUUGAUAGAAUUACAAAUACAAACAAUAAUAAGCAAUUACAACAACAAAUUGAGAAAAUUAAUCAGGAAAAUAACCAAUUGAAACAGCAACUGGAAACGCUUGGCAAGCAGUUGGAAGUUUUUACUUCAGAAACAGAAACAUCUGAAUCGGAAAAUUCUACCUCUAGACUACAAACUGAGGUGGAAGAAUUAAAGAAACAGUUGGAAACUUUUAAAUCUAAAGAAUCUGCUGAAACUCUGGAUAUAUUGAACGAAAACCAUUUGCUGAAACAGGAAACUGAGACCCAAUUGAAACGUAUACAGGAAUUGAAUGAAAUCAAUGAUGUUUUGGAAACCACAAGAUGUGAUUUAACAUCCAAGUGCACAGAAUUGGAAGAACAAAUAAAACAUUUGCAGGCUGAUGUUAUAGUGGCUCAAGAAAAACUAAAAUUGUCCGAAGAAAGAUGCACGGAAUUAGAAAAUAUUAAUGAAAACUCUAAGGCAACUACCUCUUCAUCAUCAUCAGUAGCAAGCCAAGAUAUCGACAGUCAAGUCAAGGCUGAAAUGGCCAAACAAAUACAAGAACUAAUGGAUGAGUUGGUAGAGGUAAGAAUGGAAAACUCUCAGCUUAAAGUUACCUUAAAUGAACAAGAAAAAUUAGAGAUCAAUGACAGUUCUAUAGCCGAAAAACUAGCCAGUUUGGAAGCCUGCAUAGAGGCACAAAGAGAAGAUCUCUUGAAAUCCCAAGAAACGCAAAAGAAAUACGAAGAGGAGUUAAUGGAAAAGACCAUAGAGUUAAAUGUCUUAAAUGCCAAUUUCAAAGCACUAGAAGAGAAAUUGGAAACAUCUAAAACCAAACCACUAUUCUCCUCAAAUACUUCCUCCAAUCAGGACUCUAACAAUCCAGAAUUGGAGAUGGAAAAUCAACAAUUGAAACAAAAACUAGAUGAAUCCAAUAAGGCCAUGAUCAAAUUGAAAUUGAAGUGCAAACAAACUGAAAAACAAAUAGAAAAAUUGAAGAAGGGCUCUGAUCUUCAUGGAGAGGUGGUGAAAUUGACUAAAGAAAAAGAAAAAUUGCAGCAAAAGAUUACCGAACUGGAAGAUGAAAAGGGUCAGUGGCAGUUGACCCAAAUGGAGACUUCACAAUCUAGCAGCAAAGAAGAGACAAACAAAGAAGACCUGCACAAAGAAUGUGAAGAGAAAAUUCUCGAUUUAGAAUCUUUGGUUAAAGAAAAGGAAAUUUUAUUGGAGUCCUUGAAACAGGGAGAACAGUCUCGUGUUACCUCAGAAUUGGGUGAAAUACAAUUGGAGGAACAAGUCAAGGAGUUAACUGAGGAAUUAACAACUUUACGGAAAGACUUUGAAUUGAAGGAACUGAAAUUGCAAGAAUAUUUGGAAACUAAUGAGAAAAUCAACAAACAAAAAGAUGAGUUGGACAAAAAACUAGAACAUUAUCUUAAUGAAAACAUAGAACUCUUGGACAAGGUAGAAAAACUUUCCAAAUCUUCUUCCUCUGCUGAGUCCAUAGAAAUCGUAGAACGACUAACACAACAGGAAAAACAAGAGCUGGAAGAGUUUAACAAACGUUUGGGUGACUCCAGCGAAGAAACACCCUCCUCACAAAAGGAUGCUGUCAAUGAGCUGACACAAACCGAAAUAAGUCCCGAAAUAACAGAAAGCUUAAAUAAAUUACGCGAGGAAAGUUCCGAGCUAAUGAACAAAAUUGAAUUGUUCACCACUGAAAGAAGAGAAGUCUUGGAAAAAAUGGAAUAUUUAAGCACGGAAAAUCAAGAACUUCUAAAGCGCAUAGAAUAUUUAAGCCAAGACAAGAAAGAAUUGGAAAAUAAACUCACACAGCAAGCCGAUAAUUGCAAUGAGUUACAAACGAAAUUAAGCACAGUUACAAAAGAAAAGGAAUCCUUGAACUCCCAAAUGCAGGAGUUUAAGAACCAAAAGGCUCAAUUGUCGCAAGAGUUAACUUCAUUGCAACAAUCUUCCGAGGUAGUGGCGGCCUUGGAUAAUGGUGAGACUUUGUUUGAAAAAUGUGAAAAAUCUUUAUCCAAACUUUACGGGGAACUGGAGGCAUACCGCAAGGCCAACGACAAAAAGAGUAAAUUUAAUGUUUCCAAAAAAUUGGCCAAGGAGGCAGAAAAUGCCCAUUCCCAACUCAGUGAGUUGCUGCAAAAGGUUAAGGAAUCCAGCAGUGCAGUGGAGACUGUAACAGUGGUUGAAACUGUGGUAGCAGUAACAGCUCCCAAUGGUAAAGCUUUGGCCGAAUACGAACAAUUAACAGCCCAAAAUCGAGAACUCAAAGCCACCAUACAAGAACUGCGCCGUUUGUUGGACGAGGCUAGAGAUCAACAAGAAGACCAAACCGACAAUAGAUUCUCCUCCGAAGAAAGACAAGCCAUACAAUCUGAAGAAGAUAAGGAACUACACAACGAAACCAAUAAAAAAUUGCAACAAUCCCUGGAAGAAAUUCAACAAUAUGAAACCCAAUUGAACGAACUACAAUCUCGUGUGGAAGACCUAACACAGGAACUGUAUGAGGCUAGAACGGGACUAGAUGAAAAGUCAACAGAGAUUUCAGAACUUUCGACGGAAAUCGUCAACCUUAAAAAACUAGCCGAAGACUUUGAUCGUGCCAUUAAUGACAAGGAAAUGACACAUGAAAAACAAAUCGAGCAAUUAACCCGGCUACGAAAACAACUUGAAGCUAAAUGUGAUACUUACGAGCAGGAAAUGGAAAUACUGCAAACUUUGGUUAACGAGCAAAAACAACAGCUUAUAGAGGCCUACAAAGAGCAUGAACAUGAAAUGAAUCUUAAGCUUUUGGAGCUGCAGCAACAUGAAGAGAAAGCUCACGAAUUAAAACAAGAAAUUGUGCAACUGAAACAAACGUCUGCGCUCCAAGGUUCAGAGCUGACACAGGAUUUACAAAAAGAAUGUGAAAAACUUAAAGAAUCACUGAAAAUCAACAAACACUUGGCGCAAGAGCAAGUUGAGGAAUUGUCCAAUAAACAGGAGACCAUCGAUACUCUCAACCAACAAAUCAUUGAUCUUUACAAGACAAUGGAGGAAAAUUCCAAUAAAAUUAUAGAAAAAGAAGAUGAAAUUUCUUAUUUACAAGAAUUGUUUGACAACAACCAACAGGAGUUGUCCAAAUUGCAGCAGACUCAUCGCGAAUUACUAAAGCAACAUCAAGAUCUUGUUUUAGUUGACCAGCAGCAAAAGCAACAAAUACAACAACAGCUAGAGCAACUGUCCUCAAUAACAAGCUGGCAACAAAAGGUGCAAGAUUUGGAGCAACGUAAUAAAGAGCAGUUGGAUAAACUUAAGAAAUAUGCCGCCAAUUUGAAGAAGAAGGCCCAACAAUGUCUAGACUACCAAAGUAAAUUAAAAUUACUAGAAAAUCAAGCUGCGAGCAACAACAAUACACAAGAACUAGAGGUUAUUAACAGCAAAAAUGUUCAAUUACAACAAGAACUCCAACAAGCCCAUCAACAACUACAAGAAAAAGCCCAAGAAUUGGAAGACAUCGUUAGGGUUAAGUUAGCUUUAGAGCAACAGGUUCAAGAAUUACGACAAGAGUUGCAUAAAAAAGAAAUUGCUUUAGAAGAAGCACAACAACAAUCUUCUUUGGAAAUCCAAGCUAUGCAAGAAGAAUUGAUGUUGUUGCGAGAACAAUUGAAAGAAAAAAUGCAGGAAACCAACGAAUUCAAACAGAGCUUGACAGACAGAGACUCGGAAAGCCAGAAAUUAAAACAUGAAUUACAAAUAACUCAAACUCAAGUGCAGAAACUACAAAAUGAUUUAGCCUUAGCUCAACAAUUAAGCUCAGCUGCAUAUGAUACUAAUGAAACAGAGCAAUUAAGACUAGAUUUACAAACGGCUCAAAUUAACUUACAACAACUGCAAAAUAAAUCGGAAUCCGAAUUACAAGCUGCUCAAGCGAUCAUACAAAAACUAGAGACUGAUUUACAAACAUCCCAACAAAGUUCAUCAUUCACAUCCGACUGGGGCGACUUUAACGAAACAGAUCAGUUGAAGGAAGAACUUCAGUGCACUCAAGAAAAUCUUAAGCUAAAAAUAAAAGAAAUCGAAGAGCUCAGACAAUCGUUAAUGGCAGCUCAAGAACAAUUAACCGAUUGGGGAAAUGAGUCUUCAGUAAAGAACGCCGACUACGAGAAUCUGAAUAAGGUCUUACAAGACAAGACCGCCAAACUUGAAAGAGCCGAAAACACUAUGGAGGAAUUAGAGAACGAAUUAAUGACGCUUAGAGAAAAGGAUUAUGAGAAUUCGCAAAAGCUACAAGAGCUAACUAAGGAAUUGGAUAGUAUCAAACACAACACCCAGCAAAACCCUGUAAACAAUGACCUGGAGAAUCAACUGAAAGUGGUAAGCGAAGAGUUGAAGGCUAAAUCUUUGAAAUUUGAAAAAUCCAAGGCUGUAAUAAAAGAACGCAAUGGCCAGAUCCACAGACUGCAAGCCCAACUCAAAGAUUUGCAAGAGAAAUUAACCACUUGUCCAGAAGAAGAGAUUCUUUCACCCACCACACAACAUCAAUUAGAUGCUUCCAUACAGCAGCCGGUCAGAGCAGAGUUAGAAGCUCUCCAAGAAGCCUACAAUAAACUCAACGAUAAGUACAACAGCGAGAAGGCCAACUUCCAAGAAACCACAACCCGCUUGGAAACUUUACACGAUGGCAUACAAGCCAAACUGCAAGAGGAUAUGUCCUACAUAGAGACCCUCGAACAGGAAAAUAAUACAUUUAAAGAAAAAAUAUGCCGUUUGCAAGAAUGUGUAUCAGUAUUUGAAGAACGUAGAGCUUCUAUGGAACGUAGAGUUAACAUUAUGGAUGAGCAGAUGCAAAACAAGACCGAAGAGCACCUUAAGGUGGAAGAUGAAUUGGUGUAUCGCUUAAAUAUGCUCUCCGAACAUGAUGAAGUCAUAGGUCAACGCUUGUUAGAUUCACAAAGUGAGAAGGAAGUCAUAGAAGAGAACCAUCGUAAGCUACAAACCGACUACAAUCUGUUGCAAACACAAUACCAAAAAUUGGAAAAAGAAUUCAGUGAAUUUAAGUCUGAGUCUAGUAAUGACUAUGAUCAGGAAUUAAACACCCUAAGAGAAAAGCUAGUAAAGACCGAAGCUGAUAUGGAGAGACAAAAAGCUGUUUAUGAUGGUAAGUUGGCGUCCAAGGUCACGGAACUCGAUGAACUUGAGUGUGAGCUCAGCGACCAGCUAGAGAAAAUAAAUGCUGAAAAAAGACAACUAUCCGAACAGCUUGAACGCAUGACGGACGAUUGUGCUGCCCAACAAAAUGACAUUCUAAGACUACAAGAGAAUCUUAAUACUUUGGAGCAGGCCAAAAGCGAGCUGGAACGGGAAUCAUCGUGGCUGCGCAUGCAAACCGAGAAUUCGCAGCAGGACCUUUAUGAACUACAAGAACUACGCAUGCAGUCUAUGCAAGAUAAAACCGAAAUUGAGAAUCUGAGGCAUCAAAUUGAUACUCUCUCCUCCAAUCAUGAAAGUGAGCUGCAGGCUUUGCGCACUCAAAUAUCAGAGUUGGAUACCUUGCGCAUGCAAGUGGGUCAGAAUCAAACGGAUGACCAGGUUUUCAUCGAAACCGAAAAUAAGAGAUUGACAGAUCUUUUGGCAGAAAAGGAGUCCGUUAUAGAGAACUAUCAACGCCAAAACUUGCAAUUGCAAAUGGCUGCUGCGGCCGCAAGUUCAACUACCUCAAAUCAACAGGAUCCAUUUGCCUUAGCCUUUGGCAUGCCUGCCCAAAAUGCCACAAACAAUCAGUUAACUACAAGUGAUAAUUCUAACAACGAAAUUGAACGCCUUAACCAAGAAUUGCAAGACAGAAAUCAACAAAUCUACCGCCUGCAACAAGAUUUGAACAAUCUACAGGCUGAAUUUAAUGUGGUAAAUGAUGCCAACCAAGAAAUGCAAGGGCAGCUAACAGAACGCCAACAAGAUGCAGUAAAUCUACAAACUCUGCAAAGUGUAGCUUCUGCUUUAACAGAAUCCCAGCCCACUGAUGUCAUACCAGCUCCUCCCAUGUUCUUUACAGCAGAUGCAGCUGUCAGGUCACCAUUUGACGAUUUAAUACAAGGCUCCCAUAACGCAGAACCAUCUAAUGAAAUUUCCCUAGAACAACCACCCACAAUAGAGGAUCUACAGCGCAAUGUUUCCGAUUUAGAGAAACAUGCUCAAGAUUUGGAACACAAACUGGCCAUGCGGAAUCAAAGGCAAUCCGAAUACGAAGACAAGUUCAGAGAUUUGGAAUCUCGUUAUCAAGAGAGAGACCAGCAAUUGCAACAAUCCCAUAGUGAGUUGCAAAAAAUGCAUGCUGAAUUGACGCAGCUUCAGCAACAUCAAGUGGAAUUACUAGCCCAACAACACGAACUGCAUGAGCUUAGAAAUCAAGUAGGCUCCCUAGAAAGUUUGCUGCAAAAUAAAGAUCAGGAAAUAAUCCGCAUUAAGCGUGAGCAACAAGACGAAGCUCAUCUAAAGAAAACAAUGCCUUCUUUGGAAAGUCAAAUUUUACCCGUUUUCCAAGAUCCCAACACGCAGCCCACUUUGGACAUGUUCUUUGGCAAUUCAGCACCAGCACCUGAGUUUGAAGUCUUUGCACUACCUCAAGAAUCUAACGAACCCGUAGUGGAGGAAUUGAUAGUACCCAAAAAGGCUUAUGUCUGUCAUCCUCCAGCUUCUAUAGACACUGCUAUUACUGCUCUUGAUUUGGGUGAGGAUUGGGGUGAUUCUUGGGGCAACACAGAGGCCACAGCAGAAGCAGAACAUUUUGCCAAAAUUUCCGCAUCCAAUACAUCAAGUGUGCCUGGGUCUCUAGUGCCCAGAGAACAACAAUUGGAAUUACAAAUGCAAGAUCUAAAUGAACGUUUGCAGGAGCUACAACUGGCCUUAGAACGCAGCGAUGAACAAAAGAAAGAGCUGCACGUCAAGUCGGGCAAACUAAUGAAGAAACUAAAGGAAUAUAAAGUGAAAAUAGAUGAACUUCAGUCUACUGCCCAUAAUAAGGACUAUCGUAAGUCAGCUUCCAUGGAAUCCAAUUCCAUGUUUGAUGAUUUGGUACAAGAAGAAUUGAAGAGUCAAAUAAAAUCUCUAGAAACCCAUCUUGAAGAGCAGAAGAAACAGCAAGAAACGUUCACUCUCGAAAAGGAGAAACUACUUAAGAGAAUCGAUGUUUUAACGGCCGGCAAUGAACGCAUGUCCGAGAUGAAAGAACGCCAAGAUAUGGAGGUGCAAAUGUAUCAGACACGCAUAAGAGAACUGCAAGAGAAAUUAAACACUCUAAAUGAUUGGGGUAAUGAAGACAGCGCUCCCAAAGAUGCCCCGAAACAAUCGGGAGAUGAUCAAGAGGAGAAAACACAAAAUGUACCACAAAAUGCUUUGUCGGAACUACAAAAGCAAAUUUCCGCCUUGACCCUGGAGGUGCAUGAUCUCACUAGUGACAGAUUAGAGUUGCAGGCGUUAUUGGAAGAUGAGAAAAUUAACUCUAACAAAGCGGAAGAAGUUGUAGCUUCAUUACGUCUACAAUUAAAUAACUUAGAGGAAGCUAAAACGGGAGAAAAAAGUGCUGAAACUUAUCAAUUAAACAAUCUUAAACUAGAGCUGCAAAAUCUUCAAGAAUCAUAUUAUACUUUGCUAAGCGCUAAAGAUAAACUAGAAUCAGAAUUUAAGAAUCAAACUGAAACUCUAACUUUGUCACAAGCCAAUGAGAAGAGACUACAAGCUGAAGUUAAUGCUUUACAGCAAGAAGUGGAAAACCUCAGGGACACACUUAACAAUACCAAACAAAGUUUAAUCGAUUUGGAGUCAGAAUUAUCGCUACUCAAAGAGCAAAAAGAGAAACAGAUUGAUGAAGUCAGCAGUAAAGAGAAAAAACUAAGUAUAGAUUUAAUGAAACAAGAAAUCCAGAUGUUACUCACACAAAAACAUACCAUAGAAGAACAAGCCAAUCAAUUGUUAAAGGAAAAUGAGUCUCUAAAAUUGACUCAAACUCCUGCAGAGGAUAUUAUGGCUUUAGAGGAAAAGUUACAAAACUUAUCAGCAGAAAAUGAGUACUUAAAGACUGCCGCCGGACACAGCACAAGCAGCAGCAACAAUGAAGAGCUAACGGCCAUGUUGCAGGAAAAAGAAUCCGAGAUUUUACACUUGAAACAACGUAUCAACGAUCUAAUGAACGAAGACCAAACGGAAAAGCUGGUUUUGGAAAUACUCACCAAAAACCAGGAAAUACACAUGUUAAAAAUGCAAGUCAAACACUUGGAGGAAGAUAAACAUGAAUUGGAAAACAAUCUUUCUUUGCAAAUAACCCAAGAAAUGCAAGCCAACAAAGAAGACACACAAAACACUAAGCAAGACGAAAACAGGGUGCAGGAGUUAGAAACGCAAAUAAAAGUUUUAAUGGAGGAGAAAACACACAUGGAAGAGGAGUUACAAAUUCUAAAUAACCAUGUUUUAGAAUCCCUGCAAUUGGAGGAUAAAAUGAAGGUGCUAACUUUGGAGUUGGACACCAAAAACAUUGAAAUCUCUGAAUUACGUAGAACAGUGGAGUCAUUUAAAUCUACGGGAGGAACGAGCAAACCUGAAAACACCUCAGUAGAUUUUGUUGCUCUGAACAGUCAAUGGGAAGCCAUUGUUGAACAACGCUGUGGUGAAAUUGCUAAAAUGUGGCAAGAUCAUUUGGCUCAAAGAGAACGAGAUUUCAAAGCCAACGAAGAACGUCUUAAGGAAGAAAUCUCGACUUUAAGAAAUAAUCAAGCAGCCAAUCUAACCAUCGAGACCGGACCUCAAGUUAUAUCGGUAGAAACCACUUCCUCAUCCACACCCGUUUCAGAUUCCACCACCGCAUCGGGAACCACCUCGGCCGAAGCCUCGCAAGACGGCUCUCCUUUGCGCCUACAAUCUGAAGAUGCCGAUUCCAUAAUUGAAAAAAUGCAAGCUGCUUUGGAAUCCCAAGAAGUGGAAAUAGUCACACUCAAAGAACAAUUGGCCAUACGUUCGGCCGAAUAUGCCCGCUUGGCAGCACAAUAUGAUCCCUUUAAACUACGCGACACCUCAUCACACAGUUCCGUAACAGUUUUCUCGGAAAAUCGCAGACAAGCUCCUGCUCCAGCUGUCGAAGCGCCAAUGGUCUCCAAAUCCGAAUUGGACUUGGCCAUGUAUAUGCUGCAUCAGCGUGAUAUGCGUUGCGAAGAAAUGACUUUGGAAAUUGUCAAUCUUUUGGCCGAAAGAGACACACUGCAAUUGAAACUGUCGAAUACUUUGAGGCAGUUGGAAGCGAAGAAUGUUCAAACGGGAGGUUUAGCUGAAGCUACACCUGUAACGGGAUACUCAACGUCACCAUCUGAAAAUGUGGCCUAUACCUCAGUUGCGGGUUCGACUGGGGGCAUAGCUGCUGAUGAUGAUUUGAAUGAAAAGCUUUCCCAGCUACAAACUGUCAGCCAUUCCAAAGACAAGGUUAUCAAGGAAGAACGUGAACAACGUAUACGCCAAAUUGAGAAAUUACAACAGGAUGUUGCCAAAAUGCCACCAGCUGCCGUCUCUGAAUUAAUUGGAACCGAUUUAUCUCAAGCAAAUCAAUCACCUUCCACGGUUUUAUUAAACUGGCUUUGGGGCAGCAAAGGUGGCAAUACUGGUGGUUCCCCAUCAGGUUUCUAAAUUAACCGCGCUGCAAUAUCUUAAUUUCUAAACCAAUUACGGUGGCUUAUUAUAGCACUUGAUCAGUUCCCGAUUGAUUCGAUUUCUUUAAUGUGUGUGUAAAUAUUAGAUAAAAAAUAAAACGUAUCGUCUUAAUUUCUUAUAUUCCUAAUUUUACUAUUCUUUUUUGUUGUUGUUGAUUAAGAUGCAAUUACUUGCGAUUUCAAUAAAUUAUUAUUAAGUAAUUUGCAUUCAUCCAUUUAUAUUCAAUUUAUUAUAGAAAACUAAUUCUUUUCUUGUAAUAUUUUAUUAAGUUGUAAGUUUAUAUGUAUAAUAAUUAAUAAAUGAAAAAAAAAAUCACAAACAAAUAUGCUACUAAAUAUUUAUAAAUGAGUGAUGAAGUAAACAAAAAAAAAAUAAACUAAUAAACCCGUUAUUUAGUGAAAAUAUCAUUAAUAUAGUUAUUGAAAAAAAGCAAAUAAACAUUGGUAAUAAUAAAAUGUUUUAGUAUUUAAACAAUAA